GUUGAUAUUCAGGCUUUCUGGUAGGCUGUAGGCUCUGUUAAGAAGCUGCCUGUAACCAGUGUAUAGCCGAUUGGGGCAAUGAAACGCCAAACUCGAUGAACUGCUAUGGCGCCGCGCACCAGGAAUAUAGACGCCGAGCGUCAGGCACCCAGGCAGCAACCGGUCACGGAGAUGGUUACCUCACCCAUUCGCCAGCUUCGAGAGGCUUUCGGUGACCCCAAGCCGCCCGAUAUAACUCGGAAAAUAACGGCCUGUGUAGCCUGUCGGAAGCAGAAGAUCAAAUGCCAUAUGAACGAUUCAGAGCCUCCAUGUGCAAGGUGCAAGAAGAAGGGAUUACCCUGCACUGUAAAUCGGAGUUUACAGAUGCUGUUGGAAAGUGACGCGUCGUGGAAGGAAACCAUGGAACGGAAGAUGCAGAAACUGGAAGAGACAAUAGAAACGAUGGCUAAAGCUGGAUCUCAGGGACAUGGAGAUCACCCAAUUAAUCAAGACACAAGGACAACAGGUCUUCCAGAGCCCAGUAAACGCGACGAGACAAGCGUGUCUGGCCAGGAAAAUCACUGGGAAAUUAUCGUUGAUUUGGAGUCCAACCCAGGUGCUCUUCCUGGGCAGUACCUUCACCAGACAGGCGCCACAAAUUGCAGGUACACUGAGGACAUCAUCUCCCGCGGUGUCAUAAAUAUCGAUAAUGCCCGGAAAUACUUUACUGGGUACCAAAGCCGUCUCGACCAUUUCGUCUAUCGUAUCCUGGGAAGCCACAGCACCUCGACAAUGGAAAGCGUGCGCAAAGUCUCUCCUCUCCUCAUGACCGCCGUGUGUACAGUUGGAGCCCUGCAUCUUGCAUCCCCGGACUUCGAUCCUCUGUACCAGGCGUUCGUCGCUCUGAGUGCAGGAUUGAGUUCCUCCAGAAAAAGCACUAUAGAUGACGUGCGAGCGCUAUGCAUCGGUGCUCUCUGGCUCAGUGACUUAUCCUGGUCCCUAGCCGGGCUUGCAGUACGCAUCGCCACUGAAUUGCACCUCCACAGAAGCUUCCCCAAAGCCAUCCAAGGUGAUCGAGACCAUUAUUUCCGGGCUCGUCUCUAUUAUACGGUCUACGCAUGUGACCAUCACUUUUCAAUUCCAUAUGGCAGACCGCCAAUGACGCGCGAAUGCCAAGCGGUGCGGAAUGCGCGAGACUUCCUGGAAUGCAAACAUGCCACGGAGGAUGACGCGCGACUAGUCAGCCAGGUCCUCCGUUGUAGUGCCUGUUCUAACAUCUACGACACAUUCGGAGCUGAUGUCGACCGUCCUCUUACGGGUGCUGACAUUCCCUAUAUUCGUCGUUUUGGCAUUGCGUUAGACACUCUGCGCGCAGAGUGGAUGGAUAAGUUUAGUCCCAAUGCCCACGUCGGGAACUAUCCGCGUAAAGGCGUCGGGAUACAACAUCACUUUGCCAAGCUUUAUCUCGGCUCCCAUGCUCUCCGGGGAGCUGGGUCAGAUGAAUACAAGCUGCGUCCCCAGGAUGUGGCCUUGGAAUUUGAUGAGAUCGCUAAUUCCGCCGUCCUGUCAUCGAUAUCAAUACUACGUGCCGUCGUUUCGGAUGGUGAGGUACAGUCUUUUCUGAAUGGACUACCGACAUAUUUUCACAUCAUGAUAGCAUUUGCUGUGGUGUUUUUAUUGAAAGUCUCGACUCGAUUCUCGGCUUCCAUUCAGCUUGAUAGGCAAGAAAUACGCCGCUUGAUGACCUCUUUAGUUACCACUUUGAAUGAAGUGGUGGCUACGAUGCAUCCACAACACCUGCUUGUCAGCAUUACGAAAGGAAUCGAAGAGGUCCUCAGCCGUAAUCCAAUUUCUUCCGAUGAGAUCCGAAGCCAUACAGCAUCGGGCUCUGUAGGUCCAUGUGACGCUUUUUCCAAUAUUGAUGUCCUACCCGGAGAAUUUAAUUUAGCUGCCGAUGGAAUGUUUGAUCAAUACUUUUUGAACGAGUAUGAUUUUCUAUUAGAACAAGAGCAAGGUUGA